AUGAUGGCGAUAAGAAGGACCCUCAGUGUUUUUCAUUGGCGAGUGAGUUACAACCCACAUACUUGCAGAUCAAAUGUCAGUGUAAGAAAAACCACAAUGAUCAUUACAGAACUGAGCCCUAAAUUUGCCCCCACUAAUGAAACUUUACUUUUCUUGUUACUUUUGAAUUCAGUUCAGCAUCCUCCUUGGGUGAGGGGAAAGCUUCUUUCCAUAUCAAAUGUAUUAGCUAAUUUAAACUAUACCAUACAAAACUGCCUUGCCAGAAAUGCCAAUAGCUUCCUGUCUGUAAGCAAAGCAGUGCUGCUCUCUGAAGUGGGGGCUCCCCAGCUCCACUCCCCAGCAGAAAGCUCCAGGCUGAGUGGUGGGUCACGGCACAACCUGGUUCUUCCAACUGCCAAAUCAAAUCAAAUCAGUGGGCUACAACACCCUAUCUGUUGCGUUGAACUGGGCUCAGCAUGCUUGUCCCCAGAACGUCCAGGUCACUGCACAGGAAAUGAGUGUUCUCUGCUUGAAUCCCGCCCUGCAUAA